CUGCUUUCUUUCCGGUGAACACAAAUCAAUAACAUCAGCAGUGUAUUAAAGAUCUCGAGAAAGUCGUCCAGAAAAGUGAACCAGGACCGAGCUACAGCUUCUACAGUUCUUAAGGGCUUCAGAAUAAAAGCAGAAUAUCCUGAAUAAUGGGUUCCUCGGCUUCAGUUUCAGUCAUCAAUCAAACUCCUUAUACCUGGUACUUUGCCACCCAGGAUAAAGAGUAUACACACAUCAAUGCUGGCUGCACAAAAUCCUAUAAGGAGUACUGGGCAAGCCAUCGCUCCAUCUACUUCAGAUACGAAAAUAACACAUGGAAUAGCUUUGAAUAUGAUUUUAGCACAGAGAAUGUCGGCACGACUAUUAUCCUAAAAGAAACACCAGACCGUUCCCAGAUUCAGAUGCACUGCACCUCUGAUGGAGGCACUCUCUACUGUCCCAACUAUGGUCAACAAAAACCAGAACAAGUACAAGAACAAGUACAAGAACAAGAACAAGAACAAGAACAAGAACAAGAACAAGAAAAGACGCCUGCUGAACCCCCGAAUCCUGUAGUCAUUCAAGUGCAACCAUCAAUACAAAUAACAGCAACUGGGAUAGCGACAAACGCUUCUGCACCUGUGGAUGUGCAACAGGUGGAGGGAGUUUCACCUCUUUAUGGACUUCAGGCAUUUCUGACAGGUCAACCAAAAGCUCUCGGGAUGAUCCAGAUAAUGAUCGGUCUGAUGACUCUCCUGCUUGGCAUUGUGUCUAAAGUUCAUGCAGUAUCCAUCUUUGUCAAUAGUGCUAUUCCUUACUGGGGAUCUCUCAUUUACAUUAUCGCUGGCUCACUCUGCAUUGCUGCAGAAAACAAACGUAAUUCACCCUCCAGUUUGUGUUUGGUGAAUGGUUCACUGGGAGUGAACAUUUUCAGUGCUAUAACCGCAGGCAUUGCCCUUAUUUUAAUUUCACUAGAUUUGGCUCGAGGACCAGUGUACACUGACACUGACUGCAACAUUUCUGAAUGUUAUUAUAAGGCAAAGUAUAUGAUUCUCUUCAAGGGAAUCAGUGGUGUAUUGCUGUUAUUCACCUUCCUUCAGUUUAUCAUCUCCAUCUGUCUGUUAGCAUUUGCUUGUAAAGCCUCCUGUUCCUGUUGUCGUCCUCCUCAAAUACCUGUGACCAGCAGCUCUUCCAUGAACCAACAUCAUGCAGAAAAUCCCCCACAAUACAGUCAAUGUAAAUAAGAAUGAGUUUUUGAAAAAAUGGGCAAAGUUUGGUCCUGCAGUUGUGUGUGAUGCUUUUGUGGGACACAUGGGUUUCCCAAUGAUUUCCUGACCAUUAGCUUUAUUGUCCUUUCAUGACUGUGUCAGAUAAAUACAAGUCACAUAUGUGUAAACAAAAACUAUUUAAGACUAGAUGCUAUUUCAUGAUUUUCCUUUUAGUUAAGUCAAGGAAGGUGCAUAAUCAUCAGUGUAACUGGAUAGAUUGUUUUGAACAAUUAGUGAUAAGAAUAAAUUGCUUAUUCAUGUUUUAAUUUAAUAGAGUAAAAAAAGUAUUUCUUAUACAAGGGUGAUUGAACUGUGUCAUUCACUAUUUAGCCUUGCUUUUUUGCUUUAACAAUGGCAAACAUAAAAUGGGAUUAUGUUUUGACUUGUCAUCUAGAUCCUGCUCAAACUUUGGUAGCUUCAAACUUUCACUGUCGCCACAGCAUUGAUACUGCUCUACUAAGAAUUGGCUGUUGAUUCUUAGAAUUAGAAUUUGCACGUGCUUUUGUGCCUUGCUUAUUUAAAGUGAAAGAGAGACGCCCACAGAUCGCGAUAAGGAGAGUGACAGCUUUUAACAAUUGUUAAAGGAGUUUGCAAAUGUAGUAUUGAUUUAAUACAACAGUUCAAUAAACAAGAAGUUAAUAUUAAGUGACAUACGUUGUUUGACU